CAGUCCACAGCAUACGCAGCCGCUACCUGCCAGGCGGAAUGGACGUAUCCUCCGGUGCUCCCAGCUUCACCCUCAGCCCAGCGGCGCCGCGGGAGAAGCCAGGCCCGACAUGACAGUGCCGGGACGGGAGAAGAAAGCGCGCCAGCAGCCGCGGGUGACCGUCCGGCCGGAGGCGGUGUGGGCUGCGGGUCGCUACGCCGUGCUGGCCGCCCUGUGCGCCCUGUGCUACAGCAACUCUCUCCACGGGGAGUUGGUACAUGACGAUGUGUGGGCUAUCGUCAACAACCCGGACGUCCGACUGGGCUCCAGCUUCAGAAACAUCUUCAGCAACGACUUCUGGGGCAAGAGGAUGGCGGACAAUACGAGCCACAAGUCCUACAGACCUCUGUGCAUCCUCACCUUCAAGUUGAACAUCCUGCUGGGUGGCAUGACACCUCUCUAUUUCCACAUCGUCAACGUGUGUUUGCACUGCAGCGUAACGUGCCUGCUUAUGCACAUGUGUGAGAGCUGGACAUUCGAAGACUCACGCCUGGCCUUCGUCACGGCACUCCUCUUUGCUGUGCACCCCGUUCACACUGAGGCUGUGUCUGGUAUCGUGGGCAGGGCUGACGUCUUGGCCUGUCUGCUGUUCUUGCUGACGUUCCUCUCCUAUAUCAGGAGUGUGGGGGUGUAUGUCUCUGAGGACGCUCUGCCCUCCACGGUGUCAGUGUGGUGUCUGCUUGUCAGUUUGUUGCUGGGCACCUGCGCCAUGCUGGUCAAGGAGACGGGCAUCACUGUGUUCGGAGUGUGCGUGCUCUACGAUGCCCUGGUGCUCUGCCGCAAGCCUCUCAUCUAUCACCUGUCUGGCUCCAGACGCAGGGACCUCUUCCAUAUCUGCAGCCCAUUCAUCAAACGAGCCUGUCUCAUCUCUGGAUAUGUGGUGAUCAUCAUGUCAGUCAGACUGUGGCUGAUGGGAGGAUCCAUGCCUCUCUUCUCUGAACAGGACAACCCCGCCUCCUUCUCCCCUCACCUGCUUACUAGGAUUCUGACCUAUUGUUACCUGCUGUCCUUCAAUGCCUGGCUGCUGCUGGCCCCCAUCAUGCUGUGUUACGACUGGCAGGUGGGAAGCAUACCCUUGGUGGAAUCGCUGGGCGACGUGCGCAACGUGGCCACCGUGCUGCUGGCUGUGGUGAUGGUCGCUCUCUGCCUGCGCUGCAUCUUCUCACUGCAGGGCCUUGUUUUGGAUAAGGGAACCCCCCCCCAACAAACUCAUUUAACAGGAAAAAUGGAGAAAGCCUCAGGAACAGCAGAGGAGGGAUCCCGCUUCCAGGAUGAACAGAGAAGCUACAAGCUUGCUGUGGAACUCAAACCUGACCAGUCCCAGGCCUGGAUGAACAUGGGAGGGAUUCAGCACAUUAAGGGAGACUAUGCGGCAGCCAGGAUGUACUACCAGCGAGCCCUACAUCUGAGCCCCGGUUCCAAACUUCUGAAGGAAAACCUGGCCAAAUUGGACCGGCUGGAGCGGAGACUGACAGGGGGGGCGUAGACCACUAUGAUGAACACUAUGAUCCCAGACGCUGCAUCGUCCAUGGCACAGAUCAGGGGAGCAUGGCCCCGCCCAGCCCUCUGGAGCCCAAACACCAGUCACCAGGCUGCUGGAUAAAACGGACCUGGUUGCUAAGACAACCUGCCUGUUUGAAAGCAGAGGAAGAGGGUGAGCUUGUCUGGACUGCAGCGUGUUCUGAGGUGGACAGGGAGUACUGGAGUCAAGAGACUGAUCAAGCCACAGGUCCAGAAACCUUUCCUGGUGUAAGCAGAAGGGAAGGGCCAGUUCCAUGUGUUGACCUGUCUGCAUCAGCUUUACUUCAACAUGCACUUCUUGCUUUAGACAUUUGUGUUUGAUUGAUUUAUUAUUAAGGUUAAUGUGAAGUUUUUUUUUUUUUUGGCGCUUGAUCACAGAUUAUAAUUAAGUGCUCUGCUCUGCCAAUGAGAAUUAUUCAUGUAUUUACAUUAGUGCAGUGAAAGUGUAUGGAAAAUUGUAUUGUUAUGAAGGGAAAAAGCACGAAAGGUCAUUCUCGACCUAUGAGAACACCAUGUGCAACAAAAUAAAAGUUCAACGGUCCGCUUACUAGCUUCUCAGACCUUUCAUCCACAUCUCAAAGUCUUCUUCAGCUAACGGUGUUUGCUCGGGUCAUACACAGAUAAACAUCAGUCACGAUGAUGAUAUUUUGGUCAGUACUGACGAAUGUACUGACAAGUGACAAGUGACAAAAUAUCAACCUAAAUCCUCGACCACGAGUCAGAAAAUCAAAACAAACAAGAGGUUGGACAAGUCAUUGUUUUGUAAAUCACAGGCAGAUUUGGGAAAACUGCUUGAAGAUGUGGCUCCUGAAGCUACAGGUGAUCCUUCAUUGGAAGAGACGAGGGUACAGCAACACUACUGCUACAUGAUUUAAGCUACGCAACCCAAGCGCUACUGGGAAAUUUACUUAAACUAUGGACUUAACUACAUGCAGUGCCAUUACACUACUCAAUACUGGUAUCUUAAGUUUUGACAAUGACGUUCUGAGUCAAGUUCAAAGACAUUGUCCUAAACUUUAAAGUUAAUGAGCUUAAAUCUUUCAUAUGAAAUAGACCUGAUAUCAAGUCAAAAAUAAGGUGAAGUCACAAGGCCAUGUGACGACACCUGAGCCAGCUCCAUUCACUUAAAUAUUAUGCUUGAAAGCUCCAAAAAGCUACUAAGUGGGCCUUUUGAAUUUGGAUUAUUAUUAUAAAAUCUGUAAAGCUCUCAAAUUAUAUGACUUAUUAGAAAUGUAAUCAUAACAGUUGCUUUCUCCUUAGACUAUACUAUGUUCAUCUGACCUCCAUUUUCAGAACUGGUUACAGUAUUAGACCGGAUGUUGCGAGCCUUCUGCAAGUAUAAUAAGCUAGUGUGCUCCUGUGUAAGGAGUUGAAACUUGUGGCUUCAUGUGUACCAUAACCUCUGAAGAUUGCUGUUUGGUUGCUUCUUGUGGUUUUGUUGACAUUCAUGUUGAUUGUGGAUUAAUUUUUGUUGUGGAAUGACAAUUGGACGAAAGUGAAGUGACAAGUGCAAUGACUGAUUUGCACCAAAUAAAUAAAGUAUAUGUUUGAUUAAA